CCAGAUUGCCUGGGGACAAGGACGCCAAUGAAGUGCAAAGCCUGCACCUCGCUUGAGCGAAGGUUUCGGUGAGAAGAAUGGUAGUGUUUCCAGGCAGGAGCAAAAAGAGGUUGGAGCUGCGGGGUGCGUCAAGAAUUGCGGCUCUGCUGGAUGGCGGCCCAAUUGCGAACCACCUGGACGCCUUACAGAAGGGCUGCCGCUGCUUUAAGAUUUCGCAGCGAUCCUGGGUCGCGGACGGGCAGCCUGGCCAACCAAUUUAGAGUCUACGGGUGGACGUACCUUCUUACUUUCAUAAAAUAACAUCGUCACGGUGGUCCACACAACACUUCUGCUUCAACAAGAUCCUCUUCUAUCUUGAAAGCACUGAACUCGGCUGCUCUUUUCCCCGCCGGUUGCAUUUGCUGGUUCCUUACAGAACUUCGGACCCCCGCUUUUUCCGUCCUUCUCCCACCAUUCAGAGCAAAACCCCUCAUUGCCAAGCCCUCCCAGUUCGAGCGGGCGAGUGGCCAAUCACAGCGCACUCCAUAGAAUGCUCGUUGAGCAGCUCGGUCCAUCUUAACCUCACCAUCAAACAGCUCCCAGCACACUGUCGCACCACCACCGCGGUCAGAGAAUAUUACACAUCUAAUAAUGGACUUCAGCAAGAAAUGGAAUGAGCACCUUCGGCGGUCAUCGGCCAAAAAAAUCAACUGUCCCGACUGUAGCGAGGAUCCUCAAUAUGUCCAUGAAACAUUCGAAAAACACCAAUAUGAAAAGCAUUACGAAACAGUCCACGUCAAGUCGCUGAACGAAAAGAGCACCGACAAGGAAAAGAAGGAGCUGAUAUCCACUAAAUGGAAAGAAGCUCCCCCAAUAGAGAGAGAGGCGAGCAAACCCGCCAUACGCAACUUGGAUCCCAGUUCAAAAGAUGCAAAGGCCGUGACAUCCUCCACACAUAUAUCCAAUCAGAGGCCGUUAGAUCCAGACUCUGGUGCUCCCGGACCGGAUCGACCCAGCAGGAGAUCGACUCCGGAUUCAAAAAGCCAACCAUCCCGAUCCCGCAGCCCUUCUCCCCCAAAGAAAUCCAAGGCUCGGAUAGAGCCCGACCGAGUUGACCGACGACCUCCUGCCAAGGGCACCCUUUGGACGCCCGAUGCCGACCUCACAGCCUCUCAACGUCCUUACGACAAAUCCAAUGUUGCUUCAAGAGUUUCAUCUACCCCAACAUCCAAGCCACCACAUCGCCAACCACGCACGUCGACAUCACGAAGCUCUACUCAAAUUGAGGAAAAUGACCCGACGGAACUGAUCAAGCAACCUGAAACCAGGCCAAUCUCCCAGGACCAACUGGUAGCCGAGGUGAAGGGAAUCUACGCCGGGCUGGUGAUGGUGGAGAGCAAAUGCAUCGAGGUUGACAAUGCCCAAAACUCACAAAAUGACCCAACAAACAAACUCAACAACGAGCAAUGGCAAGCCUUGAUCGCUCUCCACAGGACCCUGCUUCACGAACACCACGACUUUUUUCUCGCUUCUCAGCACCCUUCUGCGAGUCCUGCCUUGCGGAGAUUGGCAUCGAAGUAUGCCAUGCCUGCACGCAUGUGGCGGCAUGGUAUUCAUUCGUUCCUCGAGCUGCUUAGACACCGGCUGCCAGCGAGUCUUGAACACAUGCUGAUGUUCAUUUACCUCGCAUAUUCAAUGAUGGCUCUUCUCUACGAAACUGUUCCGGCUUUCGAGGAUACCUGGAUCGAAUGCCUUGGUGACCUUGGGCGUUACAGGAUGGCCAUCGAGGAUGACGAUAUCCGGGAUCGGGAAAAUUGGACCGCCGUGAGUCGUCACUGGUAUUCCAAGGCUUCUGACAAGGCUCCAACCACCGGGCGGCUGUAUCACCACUUGGCCAUUCUUGCUCGUCCCAAUGCGCUUCAGCAGCUCUAUUACUACACCAAGUCCCUUUGUGUCGCGAUUCCCUUCGGCUCUGCUCGUGAGAGUAUCAUGACCCUGUUCGACCCAAUCAUGGCCCCGACUCCCAAUCAGCAGCAAUCGAGGCUCUCGGUUGCCGAGUUCGCAUUUGUCAAGGUCCAUGCCAUCAUGUUCAGCGGCAAGCAGAUGGAGAAGCUGCAUUCAACUAUGGAUGACUUUCUUCAGUCUCUGGACAGCCAAAUCACCCGCUCCAGCCGCAAGUGGCUCGAGGCCGGCUACCACAUGGGCAUUUCGAAUUGCUGCGCUGUGAUUGGCUACGGAAACGAAGCCAACCCAAUCUCGAAGUCAUUGAAGCAAAGCCGUGGUGCCGAUGAAGAAGCCCAAGAUCAGUUGAUGGCAGACGGCGAUCUUGGUUCUCCUGUCCCUGAAGACUUGGCCAAUGCGCUCAAGCUCUUUUCUCAAACCUACGAUAUUGUCGCGCGUAGGGAUGGCGACCCUAACAUUCUUCCAUUCCUUCAUGUGUCUCUGGUUUUCAUUUACCACCUUACGUUCUUGCCCGAGACCAUUCAUUUUGUGGCACCUUCAUUUCCUUGGAAGCGGACUGCGUUGAUGAUGAAUACGUUGCUUGGGUCUUGCAAGAACUAUAGUCGCGUUGAGGAAACCGUUCUUCCCAGGUCUGAGUCUCGAAGACCUUUGCCAGAGGACUAUGCCAUGCGGGGCCUUGCUUGGGCGGACAGAGUUUCUCCCAGUGAUUGCUUCUCGAACGAGAAGAUCGACGAUGACGAAAAGUAUUUUGAAGUUGCUUCCAUGGCCGAGGAGCGCAAGGAGCGUGUGCUGUGGUUGGGACACAAGAUCGCAACCUCCAAUCCUAGAUGGCUGCGGUAUAAUGCGUCAACCCAUGAGUUCACUGUUGCCCCUGAGUAUGAGACAGAGGCAAAAGGGACACCAAUGAGCUCAGUGGAGAGUGUUGAGAUGGGAGAGCUUCCUGAUGCUGCUGCCAUCACCUCUUGA